AUGACAUUGACAAUUGGAAAAUUUUCAAUUUAUGUUUUAGCAUUUCUAGUUAUUGUUCUGCAAUUGUUUUCCUAUUUUAACCCAUGCUCGGCCUCUAAUGUCUAUAAUCACCUCAAAAGCAAACAGUUCAUAAAGAAGCCUUGCAGGGCAACAAGCUACCCCGACUUAUGCUUUAAAUCUUUAGCACGCCAUGCAAGCAAAAUCCAAGGUAACCCUUAGCUAUUAGGACCUCUUAAUACAACCUUUUUUGCAGCCCAAGCCACGUCAAGAAUCCAUAGGUUGAGACCCAAUGAAGUGGCAGCCAUGGUAGAUUGCAUUGCAGGUUUAACUGAUUUAGUGCAGAAGUUGCAAAUGUCUACUAAGGUGAUGGACGAGGGGGGCAAAGACAACGGCGUCGUCCGGGUAGAUGACUCCAAUGAUGUUAUUCAGGUUGAAAUGAACGAUGUUCAGAUGUGGGUUAACAUGGGUUUGGAGGAAGAGGAGACUUGCAAGAACGGAUUGGCUAAUAUGGAUGUAAAAGGUAAGGUGAAGAAAGGAAUUAGGAAAGGCAUCGUUAAUGUCGCACAUUUGACAAGUAAUGCUUUGGCCUUCGUUAAGAGUUUUGCCUUCGCUCGCAACUGACAAAUCCA